UUAGUUAGUAUAAGUAUUUCAAAGAAGAAGUCACGACUGAUCUAAGUGAGACGAAAAAAAAUGAAGAUCUCGGCGAGCAUUAUAUUUUUGUAUUUGUUUGGCUCCGCUGUAGCAUUUCUCGACAAAGACAUCACCAUGAAAACGCUAAGUAAACAAAAAACAAAUUUCGGUGAAGGAUCUAUGAUAAUGGACCAACUUUACAAGCAAUUUAAAAGUUUCGAUUUUAAAAAGAUUCUAGAUAAAAUCGACAUCGAAAAGCUACCUUUCAAUAUAUCGAAUGAAUGCGUAAAAGAUUAUAAAGGCUUGAAUAAUAAAGACAUUUUUAGCUAUCUAGACGCGUUUGGCAAGCCCGGCGCUGGUAUAGCGCUUGGUAAUGGGCGUUGGUUUGGGAGUUAUAAAGAAUGUAUGGCGAUACAAGGAGCCCACUACUGUUCUUAUGGGAAGAUUUUUAUUACCUCUUUUAAACAGUUCCUUACACUUGGUAUGUGUGUUCCUGAAACAUGUGGUGUAAACGAUAUUACCGCAGUUCUGAAGUAUGCAAUACAAUAUUUGCCAAAAGAUGGUAGCGUGGCUCCAGUUUACAUUCUUGACAAUCCAGCUUACCAGGGCGGGCCUGAUUCAGCUUGCUACGACAAAAAGAAAUCAUUCUCAAAUGGAGCUAUCGUUAUGAUGUUUAUAUCCUCUCUAAUUGGGUUUUUAUGUCUGAUGGGUACAAUAACAGACAGGGUAUGCCACUAUAUCAAGAUAUGCAGAAGUAGUUCGUAUGUGGUUUACGUUAACGAGGAUGUGGUCAUCAACGAAAAGGAAGAAAUGAGUAAAGAAGAGGAAAAUAACACCACUUCAAUGCAUACUGUAAAAGAAGAAAGCGAAGGUAUCUUUCUUGUCAAGUUUUUGAUGUGUUUCUCACUGAUCAAAAAUACAAGAGCGAUAUUUGACACUACGAUACCUGCUGGUGCAAUCACAUCUGUGAAUGGCAUUCGAACCUUGUCAAUAAUGUGGGUAAUACUUGGACACACCAUUUCUUUUGGCAUGUCUGUGCUUAGCAAUACAUUAACUCUCUUUAAAUGGAUGGAUCGCUUUACCAUGCAAGGUAUAUUGAACGCUACUGUGUCCGUGGAUUCGUUCUUCUUUCUGAGCGGUUUGUUAGUCAGUUAUUUGACUUUGAAAAGACUUCAAACAGAUAAAUUAGUGCCGUUGAUCUCAAGAUACUAUAUACACCGUUAUAUCAGGUUGACGCCGUCAUAUGCGUAUCUAAUAUUCUUCUAUGCAUGUAUAUUCCCAUACUUAGCCGAUGGUCCAACGUGGUUUACACAAGGUCCACAUUCACUAGCCGCUGAGAACUGUGACAAAUACUGGUGGUCAAACUUACUAUAUAUAAAUAAUUUGACAAAUUUGAAGAAGAUGUGUUUUGGGUGGAGUUGGUAUCUAGCGAAUGACAUGCAGUUUUAUGUUAUCAGUCCCAUAAUCCUUUGGUGUAUGUACAAAUUCAAAUGGAUUGGUGUUGUAGCAGCUAAUGGAGUUUUCUUACUGGCUUGUUUUAUCGCAAAUGGAGUCUUGAUAGAUCACCAUAAUGCCUCACCAAUACUUUACGAGCCGAAUGCAAACAAUAAUAUAAUAAACACGGACUCACCUACGAGUAGAUAUAUGAUGUAUAUUUACAUGAAACCUUGGACCAGAAUGUCCCCAUAUUUAGUUGGCCUCGUUCUUGGUUACAUCCUCAGGAAUAAACAUGUUGUUGCAAAGAUAAAGAAUGUUUUCUAUUCUAUUGGUUGGCUUCUUGCAAUCGCGUUUGGUCUGUUGGUUGUGUAUGGUCCUUAUACCGCCACUGUUUAUCAAUGGAAGGAAGUAGAUCAUAUCAUCUAUGGUGUCAUGUUCAGAUUUGUGUGGGCACUUGCACUUUCUUGGGUGGUAUAUGCAUGCCAUAAUGGAUAUGGAAGCCUGGUAAAUGAUUUGAUGAGUUGGAGAGCGUUCAUCCCGCUUAGUCGGUUGACAUACGCGACAUAUUUGAUCCAUCCAAUGGUAAUCUACCUUUUUUACUUCACCACGCAAGUUGGAAUUGUGAUGACUGAUAUUAGCUUGGCAUAUUCCUUCGUUUCCAUCACAACCCUAUCAUUUACUGCUGCGUAUGUUGUUGCUGUGUGCAUCGAGUACCCUGUUUUUAACCUAGAAAAAUUAUUGAGUAAAUUUUAAAGAAAAAUAUGAAAGAACAUUUUACACUUUAUAAUUUGUUAGAAAGAUAUUUUUUUCCACUAUAAAAAGUAAACUAUUACAGAAUUCUACAAUUCCUUUUAAGUGGAAAUCCGAUUUACCGGUGUGAAGUAUUACUAUUUCCGAUCUAUUUCCGUUAUUUUCAAUGUUUUAUGAAAAACUGAAAGCUGCACGAUGUUGUUAUACUAAAUUAAAUUUUAUAUUUUAUUUUUACAUAAUUAUAUUUCGUACUGUUGAUGUUAUUUUAUUGUACAAUUUAUAUCUAUACACCCUCGUUUCCAGGACUUUCCUUUUUCUGGGAAUUCUUGGAAUAAAUCCUGGUAACAAGGUUGUAUAUCUAUACCACGAUAAAAGCAACUUCUUGCUUGCAUUUGCGUUUGAUAAGAAUUUUGUGAAAAGAAUUUUAUGAUAUACGAUUAUUUUUUUUAACUAAAAUUUGUAGAAUCAUUGCUACUAACGUGCCUAUCCCUGAUUGUAAAAACGUAAAAACAUA